AUGGCUACCUUGACCUUCUCGCUUGCCCCAGAGGCAUUGUUCCAGCUACACGAUGCACUCAUUUGUCUGGCUAAAUUCCAUGAGACCGUGGCCAUUGAGGCCGAGUACGACGUGCUCCGUCUGAGCGUGCUCAACUCAUCAAAGACCGCGUACUCGGCCUUUGUCUUUGAUGCCGACAGCUUUUUUGAAAGCUACUCUUUUGGGGUAGCAAGCGGCAGGAACCCUCAUCCAGAUAAAUUUUGCUGCGAGAUAUAUCUAAAGGCUUUGCUUUCAGUCUUCAAGGGAAGGACCAGUGGACGUGACAAAGACACUGCAGUUGAACGCUGCGAGGUGGAGCUCCAUGAGGAGACUGACGAGGCAGAGUGCAAGCUCGUCAUCCGGAUGGUCUGUGGGCUGGGCGUUAUCAAAUCGUACAAACUUAUCUACGAACCGGCUACUGUCAAUCACGCCAUCUUUGACCGGAGCACGACCACCAACCAGUGGUCGAUUGAUCCAAAGUUUCUAAGAGAGAUAACGGACCACUUCAGUCCGUCGGCAGAGCAGCUCGACAUCUACUCGGAAGGUGGCAAGGCGAUAUUCACGAGCUUCACGACAAAGAUCACAGACGGAAAAGAGAUUCUAAGACAGCCCGUGCACACCUCGGUGGCUAUAGACAAGAAGGAUUUCGACCAUUUCCUAGCUGAAGACAAUCUUCACGUCGCCAUCGCUCUCAAGGAUUUCAAAGCGGCGAUUGCGCAUGCGGAGACCGCAGGUACAAUGAUAACGGCCCGAUACACCCGUCCCUGUCGGCCGCUGCAGCUCGCCUACGGCUUCGGCGGCGUGAAAGCGGAAUUUACUCUAAUGACCAGGGGCGAGUCCGGCGGCGAUGACGCUCCAGCCUCUUCCCGUGCUCCCGCGCCAGAGCUAUCCGCCAGACAAACACCCGCUCCCGUUCACUUCACCCAGACCAACACAGCUUCAGACGCGAGGCAGAUGCCCCCACCACGCAGCCGGUCGAUACGCCCUCUCACGGGGACUUCGACCCGCGGCACGGAGUCAAACACGGCAAGCCAGCGGCCGCCGCCAUCGAUCAACUUCGACAGUCUCUUUGUACCAGCGGACGAUGACCGGCAGUGGGAUGUGCCAAACGAAGACGAAGAUGAAGAACCCCAAGAUGUUCUCGGUUGGGACGCAACAGCUGACCAGGAAACCUUCAACGCGAGCCUCGGGCCCGGUCUCAGGGACAAUGAACCCAGCAUGCAACAACAGCCUCCGUCCGGGCGAGAGGAGGAAAUGGGUAUUCCCCCAACACAACGCAUGUCCCAGGUAAAGAGGCCGUUCACCCCCCUGAAUACCUGCACGGCCUGGGCCUUUUUGACUAGGCACAGCCUUUAUUCUCGGUGUCCGUCCAUCCAAACCAGCAGCUUCCCGUCAAGACAUGAUAACCCAACUUGUCGCGCACCCAGCGCCCAGUCCAACAAUCUCGUUACCUCCUUCACUAGGCAACGGGACCUCUCCACACCUCUCCUUCACAUUGCCUUGCGCAUCCGUGUCCGGUCCACAGUUCCCAUGCUCACCCCAUCCAAAAGCCACGACAGCCCGUGGCCCAACAAGAGCAAGAACAUGCUCACUCCCCACUGCCAUCUCCUUCGCCUUCAGCAGAUCCGCCGGAGGCAAUUGGCCGCGGUCGUUGCGCCCCCAGGCGACCAGCGAAGAAUCGUCCUGAUGUACAUAGACCCCAUGCCAACUGGCAGCGAUACCACGGAAUCCCCGCAGCCGAUCCGGCGGCGCGGGACAACCAGACACAAUAUUCCACUUGUUAUCCGCAGACCCAAGCACCGUGAACUGUCCUGCAGCCUUGUCUCCUAUUAG